CUCCAGUGAGCGAGGGGAUAUUGUAAUGACAGCGCGAGGCUCCAAGCUCGGGCAAGCGCGUGCUGCUAUGACAGCAGUGUUAUCAAUACAGAAAGCUGGACUGCUUCCUUAUGAAGGCCUCUCCAGCAGAGGGCACAGUGAAAUUUGAUGCAGCCCCCGCUCAUCCAGCCUGCCGACGCACCGUAUCUGCUGUGCGAGUAACACCGCUGAGAACCAUGAAGAGUUCCCCUGACCUCAUGCCAACUGAGCUGGACCCAACUCGUGUUUGCAAGGGGAAGGGUGCUGUCAUGUUGAGAGCGACGCUUGUGCACAUUGAUGAUGAAGAGAACACAAGCAUCGAGCUACCCGAGAACUCAGCCAAAUGUGGUUGGCUUGGUGCGGUCAAUGGGGAAACAGAAACAGGUCUGGCGCAUAAAGAUGUAAACAACACCACAGCUGAUUUAAAUUCAACACAAGUCAAUGAGACAAAGACAAAGGUGGACUCACCUCAGCAUACGUCCCGUCCUGAGCCACACAGUGCUGUUAGCUCAUCAACCAAAGCGUCCUGUUCGUAUCCCCCUACCAGCAGUGUGAAUCCUACAAUCGUCUUACUGCAGCACAGCAGAGGAGCAGUUGCAGAGAAGGGCAGUGGCCCUGCCCAGAGCCCUGCCGUCAGUCAGAUAAUAACUCCCACUGAAACACCAGUAGACAUGCAAGGCAAGAGAAUUAAACUGUCUACUGCACCAGCACCUCGUGUCCCAGUGCGGAACACAGAGAUAUCAAAGGACUGGUACAAAAGCAUGUUUAAACAGAUCCACAAAGUCCCAGAGCCUCUCGAAGAAAAUCCAUAUCGUCCCACCUACAUAUUCCCUGAGAGCAAUGACAGGCCGAUCAGAACCAGAGAUGACAGCCCAACAUAUGCUGCUGAGGAUGUGCGUACUGUUCCUCGCUCAAAGAGCGCUGCAGAUGUGGGAAGCUCAAAAGUACAGAUGCCUGUGCCAACACGCACGUCCUCCCUAACACCUCACAGGAACGAGUGGGAGCCCCCUGACAAGAAAGUAGACACCAGGAAGUACCGUGCCGAGCCCAGGAGCAUAUUUGAGUACGAGCCAGGAAAAUCAUCUGUACUGAGGCUGGAGAGACCGACUCAGGACGUAUGUCCGGAAGAUGUAGAUUUAGAGAAUGAGCCAUGGUAUAGGUUCUUUACUGAGAUGGAGUUUGGCAAAGUGAGUGCCCCCUCUUUCAGCCCUUUGGAAACAUCAUCCGACCUACAGCAAUACUCGGCCUGUAAAACAGGCGGCAGUGAAGCUGAAACGAGGGACGGCUUGUCUGCCGGUGGGCAGGCAGCUCCGGAAUGUGAUCGGCACAUUUACAAGAGCGUCCUGGAGGGCGGCGACAUCCCUCUGCAGGGCUUGAGAGCGCUUAAUAAGCGCAACCCCAGCACUUCAUCCAAAGUGGAUUAUAAAGGUGGGAAUGGCUAUAUGAUUUCACCCAGCUCAUCUGUAAAUAGUCACUCAGUUAUUGCCAGUAAUGUGCUAGCUUCUGAAUAUAAGACAAAAAAGUCCUUGUCAGCUGCCAAAGCCUGGAUCCCUCAAAUCCUUCCCUCUAAGUUUAAGCCCAAGCUAUCGCCCGCUACUGAUGAGAGCCAGGAGAGACGGGUUGAGCCGACACAGCGGCCCAAAGCGCACAGCUGUGAGGAUCUACACGAAGACGCCUGUGGCUCACAGAACGGAGAUGGAACCGACAAUGAUCACAGGUUAAACUCGGCCUCCAAGGGCAACUGUUCACCUGAGAGCAGAAACCUUCAUAAAAAUGGACCGGUUUUGGGAUCAGUGAGAAGUACGGAAUUUUCUGCCCUUUAUAAGAACAUGCAUAACAUUCAGAGGCCAAGCUCUCUUGGGUCUAGCCCCAAUGGUAGUGUCCGCUGCCUAGCUUCUUUGUUUGAGAAGCCUGGAGAUGACACCGAAAAAAGGACUGAAAUCAUCCCGCGGGAUGCCGUUACCUUCCGGGUGAUGGAGUUUGAGCGUAUCAUUCAGCGAUCCAGCUCCGCCCCCACACGCUCUGCCUCAAUGCCUAUACUUCCUAGCAACCCAAGCCCUUCACAGAGCCCCGUACCAAGCUACUUCCUCCAGUCGACUCUGUCAGCCGAGACUUUGGUUAUGCCAGGUCCUGCACAUAAUGAGGACUGCCCAGCUUUGACUGCGGAGAAGCAGUACUCCAAAGAGGACCCUUCUGUUUCGAAUCACACCCUAAGAACUGACUUUCCUUUGGAAAAUGAGGGCAAACUGGAGGAGAAAAACAGUUGUAGACAUGAUGCUGCCAAAGAGAAUUCCUCCAGCGAUACCUCAGAACCUACGGGCCACCAUCAUCAUCAUCAUCACGAUCACUUCCCCCUCCACCUCAAACAAAGCAAAUGUAAAGGCACCUGCCCUGCUUCCUACACUCGAUUCACCACCAUUCUCAGGCAUGAGCGCCAACAAGCCACCAACCUGCAAGAGAAAAGAUGUUCUCCACCCAGGAACUUACUUUUAAUGGGCCCGGCCCCUUUCUCCUUACGGAGAUCAUUACACGGUCAACAGUCCAAAAAGACUUGCCCCCUCUCGGCCAUGAAACCCAUGUCUGGAGACCUGACAGAGAACCGUCUCUUCUGUCCCAAGCCAAUCCCUGUUAUUCCUCAACGCCUGUCCUCUUUGGAGGUGCUGGAGAGGUUGAGUAAUGGAGAAACCUCUCCUUGUGAAGGGUGCACCUCGGAUGACCUCACGGAUGUGGAAUGUAAAGAUCACGCUGAAGAUUCAGAUUCCUCACACCCGAUAAGUCAUGGAGAGAACUCAGACGAGUCUGUCCGGAAACGCUACGGAGAUAAAGAGAAAAUUCUGGAAGAGCAGAGACGGCUGAAGCGAGAGCAGGAAGAAGCAGACACAGCCUCUCGGAGACACGCUGGACUUGUAGUGACUCAUCAACAGUUCAUUACUAAUGAUCGCUUCGGUGACCUACUGGUUAUUAAUGAGAAAGACAAGAAAAAACCCAUAGAGAGGACUCCUGCUCUUGCACGAUUCGACUUUAGAGCAGAGACUCUAAAGGAACUACCAUUUCAAAAGGGAGAUGUUGUGUACAUCUACCGGCAGGUUGACCAGAACUGGUUUGAAGGAGAGCAUCAUGGGAGAGUUGGAAUUUUUCCACGCAGUUACGUUGAUAUCCUGCCCCCAACAGAGAAGGUUCAGCCCAAAAAGUGUGCUCCGGUCCAAGUGCUGGAAUAUGGGGAGGCUAUUGCUCGUUUCAAUUUUACCGGUGACACAGCCGUUGAAAUGACUUUCAGGAAGGGGGAGCGUAUUACACUGAUUCGUAGAGUGGAUGAAAACUGGUAUGAAGGCAAAAUUUCUGGCACUAACCGGCAGGGAAUCUUCCCAGUCACCUACAUAGAGGUGCACAAGAGACCCCGAGUGAAAAACGGAGUGGAUUACCCGGAUCCUCCUGUCAGCCACUCUCCUCACCGGAGCACUAAUGCCUCUCCACAGCCCAUUCGUAAUCGGCUCAUCACCUCCCCCCUUCCUCUCCCACGCUCCCCCUGUCGAUCUGUCUCACCUGAGGUCCAUGCCAUCUCCAAUGAGUGGAUUUCUCUCACAGUGGGAGGAGUCAGCAGCAGCCCCCCUGCCGCACCCACUCCGCCCCUUCCCCCUCUGCCAAGCACCUCAUACCGCUUGGGCGAAUACCUGCCCCCAUCCCUGUCAGCCAGCCCUGUGCCUCCCGUCAGCAGCAGCCCCUACGGCAUCUCCCCAAUGGCUUCUCCAUCCACCUCUCCUUUACCUCCAUCCCAUCCACCCCGCCCCUGCUCGGCCAACCCGUUCCUCACCUUUACUCCACCUAAGGGGGAGGACUUCCUUCUUUUCCCGCCCUCUCCUCGCCUCUCUCGCAGCCUGAGUCCAUGUGGGGGUGCUGGGCUUGAGGGUUGGCUUAAUGGGGGUAUCAGGUUGGAUCAAGAGUUACAGGAAAGGAAUGGGGCUGAAAUAGACAGGGCUGGCUGCCUCCACAAGGCUCCUUACAGCAGGGGCAAUAGCCCAGCAGAGCCAUUAAGAAAUGAUGUAGAGUAUUAUGGGAGAUCUUCAAGAAGUCCUGUCAUGCUGUUUGACAUCCAAGACAACAACAUGAACGCCAAUUCAUUCACGGAGGCAGUGUGUAAUGAGAUCAUGAAUAUUGCAGAGACCUCAGUGAGGUACUGCAGCACUUUGUCACGCCCCAUAGACUCCGCCCACCAACUACUGUGUCCUCCAUAUAAACGCUCUCUCAUCAUUUCCCAGCAACCCCUGUCCCAGAGCAGCAGUCCUGAGCCUGGACGCAUGAGCUGUGGAAUAUUUCAGGCUCUGUACAAUUAUGUGCCUCAGAAUGACGAUGAGCUGGAACUACAGGAAGGAGAUCUGGUCAACGUUAUGGAGAAAUGUGAUGAUGGCUGGUUUGUGGGUACAUCAAAGAGGACAAAACAGUUUGGCACUUUUCCUGGCAACUAUGUAAAAGUCGUUCAUUUGUGACACAACAUGUUCGAAGAAAUGAUGGUGUGUAUGAAGAGAUUCUAGCACUGUGCUUAACAGGCAGACCCUGUUUGGGACACUCAUGAUAUAUUGACAUCAGAUGAAGUUAUCUCCUCCCUACCAAAAUGUAAUCUUGUCCAGGUGAAUGUCGAGGUAUGUGAUCAGUAAGGUUUGCGGCAUGUCAGCAAGGAACACGUAGUUCAAUUGAACAACAGUGGCAGAUGUUGGUAUUAUCUAAUAAAUGAAGGAUUUUAUUUGUUUUGAAAUGCUCUGAUUUAGCUAAAAGCCAUUUAUGUUUAUUUCUUAUCUUAAGGAAAAAUGAACGAGUUUACAGCUGCAAACUGUACUGAAGUGCAGUGCAAAAACACUUUAUCACAUACCUGACAUUACAAGCCAUUUCUGAAAAAUGUAUUAAAUUAUACAAUUUAUUUUUGCUAUAAAUGUGGACUUUCAGUGAGAAGGUUGACAGUAUAUUGAAAGCAUCUGAAGGUGUCUGUAUUAAAAAGUUACUGGGGCGAGGAAAGCUUUGAAGAAAGUUUAAUAUGAAGUGUUUAUAUAUUAAAUUGCUUUAGAAAAGAAAUGUCGAUUCAUAAAACACUCUUUGAAAAAGUGUGAUUUCAAUUUAUAUUCCAAUAUGAGCAUUGGCCACAGUGUAUUUAACAGCGCAAAAAAGCCAUUUGUAGACAUCAAAAUUAUUUCGGUCAGUGUUAGUCGUGUUAAGGAGGAUAUUGAAGUUUUGGCUCAUAAGCUAUGUUCAUGACACACCUAAAGCCUACAGCGAGUUUCGAUGCAGCAUGUUUGUAUCAUCACAGCACUUACUGAAUUUUAAUACCAUACAACAUUUCUGUUUAUUAGAUCAUAACUGAAUGACCAACUCACAAAUCUCCAGUGCAUACUAUUUUGGACUUGCUAACCAAAAAUGAAUAAGCUGUGUUUGAGCAAAGAUGUGAAGGGCUAAAACUAAACCCCACUAAACCCUAAAGAACUUAUUCUGACUAAAUGCUUUGCCUCAUACUAUUUAUUUGCCUGAGUGCUGUGUAUGUCUUCAUUUUCAAUCAUUCAAUUUUGAUUUGGUUGUUCUGAAGAGUGUAUUAUGAGACGCAGUGUUUUUACAGUACCCCCUUUAACACAAGGCUUGAUGAUGAUAUCUUAAUCCAGGUACUCACUGACAUUUACAGUGUUUUGGCUGGCAUCUGUUUGUGUGUUGGGAUUGGACGAUCCAUAUGCGAUUGCCGUACCUCGUUUUCAAAGUGCCAUUUACAGUAGAGGAUGCUAAAUCUGGACCGUUGGGUUUUAUUUUAUUGAUUAGCAUUUAGUCUUCCUUACCAGAAUGUAGUUAAUAUCUACUAUGUAUGGUUGUAGAUUUGCUUUUGCUUCCAUUUAAGAGGUAUUACAAACUGAAAAACAGCCGUUUGGCUUUCUUCUGUCCUCUAACAAUGUUAAAAUUACAUUGUUUUUUUUUUAUCUCCCCUAUAGUUUUAUACGGUCCAUUCCAUAUAAUGCCAGAGACUGUGCUGCUAGAGCGCAUGAGGAUUAUUUGUCCUCACCUAAAUGCGUAUACACUUCCGUCCGGUUCAAAAGGAGACAUUGGAAAAUCCGUUAUGUCUGAUUAAAAAUGUCUAGAUUAUAUUUUUGUCCUUUUGUAAAUCAGUGGUUGUUGCUAAAACUUUGUCAUUAAGUAAUGAUAGAAGAUCGAGAACACAUUUAUUAAAUACAAGAACUUUAAACUGUGUUUUGGCCUCUUGAACCAUUUAAAUCUAGCGUAGCAUUUAUGAAUGUAGUGUUCUGAGAAACCUGUAACUUUUGGAAUAGGAACAAGGUUGAAAUUUAAAGCUUUCCUAUUCAGUCAGAGUUGUAAAUAUGUAAAGUAUAAAUAAAUGAAAGUGACUGAAGUUACAGCAACCUCUAUAAAUAUUACAGAUUAUAUUAAAUGAAGAAUAUUGGGAAAGCACAGAGAUUUGCUUAACAUAGGCAAACUAAUAACUGAAUGAGUGAUUCUUACACUGUGUUGGGAUAUAAAUGCCUUUCUCAUGUCUCAUGUCUUCAAUGAACUGUGCCUCGUUUUUGUUGUUGUUUUAUGCCUAGAGGUAAACACAUGUUAACAUAAGUUUGUGACAGGAGACAAUUACCAGGUUCUUUACCACAAUCACCGCAGUUAUUCAAGAGCACCUGAGAUGUGUAAUGUAUAAUUAUUACUUUAUGAUCUGUAUGCAGCUGCGAAUUUUGCAUUGUUUGUUUGAUUUUGUUUAUUUGCAGUGCUGUUACAAUUACAUUGAAUUGAAACACUAUUUACUGCUGUGAUUUCCUCAUUAUGCAAUAUUUAAUAAACAAUAUUACAGCUUUUAA